AUAUACUCAUAAUUUUCUUCUCUUCUUCUCUGCCCAGCCGGAGGAAACCCUAAUUUCGCUUUGCUUGAACCUGCACAUAAUCAGGGGUCGCUCUGUUGCCAGUUGUUAUGGGUGAAGAAGUCAAGGCAUUGAUUCCGGAGUCAGUUUUGAAGAAGACGAAGAGGAAUGAAGAAUGGGCAUUGUCAAAGCAGCAAGAAUUUGAAGCGGCCAAGAAGAAGAAUGCAGAGAACCGUAAGUUGAUUUUCAACAGAGCUAAGCUAUAUUCAAAGGAGUAUGAAGAGCAGGAAAAAGAACUGAUUAGACUGAAGCGCGAGGCCAAAUUAAAAGGAGGAUUUUAUGUUGUCCCUGAGGCUAAAUUAUUGUUUAUCACUCGCAUUCGUGGUAUCAAUGCCAUUGACCCAAAGACGAGAAAGAUAUUGCAGCUGUUGCGUUUGAGGCAGAUUUUCAACGGUGUCUUCCUCAAAGUGAACAAAGCAACGUUGAAUAUGCUGCACAGGGUCGAGCCUUAUGUGACCUAUGGCUACCCCAAUUUGAAGAGCGUUAAAGAACUUAUUUACAAGAGGGGUUAUGGGAAGCUAAACAAGCGGAGAGUAGCAUUGACUGACAACUCAAUUGUGGAGCAGGCUCUGGGUAAAUAUGGCAUCAUCUGCAUGGAAGAUCUCGUCCACGAGAUCAUGACUGUCGGUCCUCACUUUAAGGAGGCGAAUAACUUCCUAUGGCCCUUUAAGUUGAAGGCACCUUUGGGUGGAUUGGAAAAGAAGAGGAAUCACUAUGUUGAAGGGGGAGACGCAGGCAAUCGCGAGAAUUAUAUCAAUGAGCUUAUCAGGAGAAUGAACUAGGUGAGGAACAAUUUUGUUGUCAUUGAUGCUUGGUUUUUUUUUUUUUUUUUUUUUUUUUUUUGUCCAAUCACUGGA